CUAUGGUUAGAGUUUUAGAGGGCCUUCCGGACUAUCCCUGAGCUGCGGCGGCUUGGUCGGGAGGAAAGACCACCUUCGCUGAGCGUUGCCCUCGCAGCCGGCGGGAAGUGAGCGUGCGCUCGAAAGCCUAGGGCUCCUGCGAUCCUUUUUAUCAGCUCCAUGGCAGUCCCAGGUUGCAACAAGGAUAGUGUUCGAGCAGGCUGUAAAAAAUGUGGCUACCCUGGUCACCUGACUUUUGAAUGCCGCAACUUUCUCCGAGUAGAUCCCAAAAGGGACAUAGUUUUGGAUGUCAGCAGUACAAGCAGUGAGGAGAGUGAUGAAGAGAAUGAGGAACUGAAUAAGUUGCAGGCAUUACAAGAAAAAAGAAUCAAUGAAGAAGAGGAGAAGAAAAAAGAAAAAAGCAAAGAGAAAAUCAAGUUGAAAAAAAAAAGGAAAAGGUCUUAUUCAUCGAGUUCUGCUGAAGAGGACACUUCAAAACAAAAGAAACAAAAAUAUCAGAAGAAAGAAAAGAAAAAAGAAAAAAAGAAUAAGUCCAAAAAGGGGAAACAUCACAAAAAGGAAAAAAAGAAGAGAAAAAAGGAAAAGCAUUCUUCUACCCCUACUGCUUCUGAAAUCUCCAGAAAGUGACUGAGACUGUGGCUCAAGCCAUUACAUUUAAACAUUGGUUUUGAAAAUCAUUUCACCUUUCUUGGAAUUUGCUAUAUAAUUUUGCUUUGCAAUAAAUCACAGGCUUGUGCAGAUAAACAUUUUUUUUCAUAUAUAGGACAAUUAUCCUCUGGCAAUAUAUUUUCAAUGUACUGUGAUUAUAAAGUAUUGAAUUAGUCUUACUACUUGAUAGCCAUGCCACAAGUACGGUUAUCUAUAGAUACAAAACAUCAUUUUUGGUAUUUGUGUCUCUAUGUUUGGCUAGUGUUUUUUACUUCAUAAGUUGAUUGUAAAUGGCUUUACUACAGUCAACACAGGUAAUCUACCUGGCUGUCAGUGAGUAUUUCUGAAUCAAGUGUCUACCUUCCAGUGAUACAGCGAGGUAGAGGAGAAUGCUUCGCUCUUGACACUGAUAAACUUAAUAGAUUUUUAUAUCCUAUGAUAAUGUAAGACAGUAAUAUUCUUCACUUGUUUUUUAAUCUCUGGCUUUUUUAAUGUUAUAGAAGAUGAAGCUGAUUUUUUGAUUUUGACAAGGACUUUUUAAAUGAAUGGUAUCAACAGGAAGAGGAUAAUGAAAAUAUAAGAGUUUCAUUGUUUUAUGACAUGCAGCUAGUACCUGCCUUCUUUGUUUCUGUAACUAUUAAAAUAUUUCUUCCUGUUUAAAAAGACAAAUCUAGUUCAGCCUAUUAGUGAGUCUCAAUGAGAUAAUGUUGUGUUGGCAGGAUUUUUAGGAUAGACUCCUGGAUUGUUUUACAAAUGUGCCAUAUUGGCAUGUCUCAAAGUGAUACCUCAGACACAGAACUUUUUAUUGAGAAAGGUGACAGCUAAAUCUUCAUUAGAACUGACUUUUGUUGUAUUCAGUAUAUAAAUUUUAUGAAGCUUGUUUCUAUGAGUAAUAUGGAAAUUUUUUAUAAAUGUGAACAUAUUUAUUUGUCUGAAAUAAUUUGUAGUUUUGAAGCAGGUUUCACACUGAACUUAUGCUUUCAUAAAUGACCAGUUUGGAGUGUUUCUCUCUUUUAUUUCAGUCAUAAACCUUAGGAGCAGUGACAAAAAUUUAGGAUUAAGAAUUUUAUUCUGUACUUUUUAAAACUUAAGAGCCAGGGAGUUGCACCAUGAAAGUCUUUAUAUAACAAUAGAAAUUUUAUAUGGGUAAGAAUUAGCAAACACAUAUUAGUAGAUAUAAGUGUGUUUUACAUUUUAAAACCCACAAUGAUGGGUGUUAGUUACUUUGCUUAAUAUUUGGGUAUUGCUCAUACCCAAUAACUUAAAUACUUUUUAUGGUAGCAGCAUCAGAAGUCAAUCCAUUAUCAGUGCACAGCACCAAAAAUGGCAGGUACCUCACUGUGGUGCAAUUACAAAUUUUCAAAUUGAUAACCUACACACAUGGAUUCAGAUGAAUUCAUUAUGGUGAAAUCAGGUAAGUACACACAGGCUGGAAAGGUGUACUCUUUCUUUCUUCACCCUACACCCCUCCCUGGCAUGACCUCAGUAACCCUGGGGGAGCCUCAUAACUCCACUUAACGUAUGCUUACCAUGCUCAAAUUCUAGGGAUGCCACUUGUACAUCCCUGGCCUAUAGCACCAUAGCCAUGGAAGCUCUCACACCAGUAACUUUUCCAUGGCCUAAUUUAGUCAUAGGGCCACAAAAAGAAAUUGUCUUCUUUAAGUUAGGUAUAGUCAGCUGUUUGGAGAGAAACACAGAGCUAUUAGGUUUUUAAGGGCUUAUUUUGCCAUGCCUUUAUUUUAUGUAUUUUUGAAAUCUGAAUUUUCUGAAAAUACAGUUCUUUGGCUAUCAACAUGAAAAAAUUAGUAAAGUAAACUUUUUAAAUGAUUGGAAAAUGCUGUGUAUAAAGGAUGGCCUCAUCCCACCCACUGAGUGUGUAACAUGAUUCAAUACGAGUUUAGUGAGUAGGGUUAAUUUAGUUAUCUGUAAGUUUUGUUUGUGUUAAUUGUCAAGAUUACAGUUUGGCUCAUUAAGUUUUUUCUGAAUGAUGACAUGGUGAAUAAUGGUUCAGAAGAGUCACAUAAAAUCCAGCCCCAAUUAACUAUGCUGAAUGCAAAUUAAAAGAUUUUAAUGCUCAACAAUUAUUUCUCCCCAGAAACAAUCUUGGAAUUAAGAAUAAUUCCAAGCUAAGUAAAUUUUUAUCAUAUGAGAGUAGUUUAUGAAAUAUCUCAUUUGAAUAAAAUAAAUUUAUUUUUACUCAAGUCAUCUUCUUCUAAAGUGAUAUUAUUAUUAUUGGGCUUGGAUACAAAUCCUACUAGUAUAUUUUGGAAAAAUUAGUAAAAUUUCCUCUCCUGCAGUAGGUAGCAGAAAGAAAAGUCAAUUUAAUAGUAAAAAUCCAAAGAGUCCUGGCUGUUCUCACUACUUAUGUGACCUCCAGCAAAGUCAUUUAACUUCUCUGGGCCUUGGUGUUUUUCAUCUAUAACAUAUUGUACCAAAUUAUCUCCAAGAUCACUUCCAGUCCUUAGUAUAUAUGAGUAUUGAUAUUUUAGUAAAAUUCAAGUAUUAUUCAUUUUAGAAAUUAUCACAGAUAAGGAGUAGCAGUUUGUAAUAGUAAAGGUUGUAUGUAUUAAUACCACUGUUCAACACAUUCAACAUCUGUAAGCAGAUAAUCGAUAUUUGGUUUACAUCCUUAUUAUCGAACAUGUCAUUUUCACAAGAUGCAGACAGAAUUCUUGUUUUGAACUUGUCUGUAACCACAUUAUCUGAACACUCUGAGGCAAUUGCUUUCGGGGUGAUGGACCUACUCCCCACACACGCCCCUAUUUUGUCCCUAUCAUCUGUUAGCUAAAAUUUCUUAGAUGAAUCCCCAUGCUUCACACUUAAUACAUACCUGUUUGUGGUUCUCUGAGGCCGAACCAUCAGUAAGUAGUAAACAACUGUGUGUGUCUGUAAUUACUACUCUCAAAUUACAGAACCCUGUGUCAUUUUUCAAUUAAACUAGGUUGAAAAGUUAUGAAUAGCAUUCAUAAAAAUGCCAUUCAUGUUGAGUGCCUAGCAUGGCAAACACUCUGAUAAGUACUGGGAUACAGAGGUUAAAGAGACUCAUUUUUCCCCCUGAAGAUGUUCAUCACUUACUUGUAAGGAGAAACAGCAGAACACAUCACAGUGCAAUAAUUGACCCGAACAUGGGUUUAUAGAAACACAUGGGGGUAUUGUACUUAGACUGGAGAAGUUAGAAGAGGCUCCUUAAAGAAAGUAGUACCUAAAGUGCAUUUUUAAAAGAGAUUUAAUUUACUUAUUUAUUUUAGAGAGGGGCAGGUAGGGAGAAAGAGAUGGUGAGAAACAUCAGUGUGAGAAAAAAACAUUGGUUGUCCCUCAGACGCACCCCGACCUGGGACCAAACCCGCAACCCAGGCAUGCGCCCUGACUGGUUAUCAAACCUGCAACCUUUUGCUUUUUAGGACGACACCCAACCCAAUGAGCCAUACCCGUCAGGGCUGAAGUGCAUUUUGGUUGAGGGUGAGGGUGGCAGCUGUGGCAGUUUCUGACAGAGUGGGUAUCCUGUGAACAAAGACCACAAUGGAAGCUGGAGGGUGUGUGUGUCAUGAAUUAACAAGCAAUAAGAUUUAGGGGAGGUGAGGGCAGGGAGAGAUUGAGCAAAAUGGAAAAAGGACUCAUGGAUAUGGACAACGGUGUGGUGAUUGCUGGGGCAGGGGGUACAAGGGGACUAAAUGGUAAUAAACAAGAGUAUAAUAAAGAUUAAAUUAAAAAAUAAAAUGAAUUAAAAGAUUUGAGACUCCCAUUUUAGGUUCUCAGGAACAAAAGGAGGAGGUCUUAGCUUCUCUGUUAGGGAGUUUGUAAACAGUGAGACACCAUGAGAGAGUUUUAAGGAAAGAAAUGUCUUAAUUGGGAUUUGGUUUAAUUCAUAUCAUAAAUCUACAAGUUUUAGAACAUGAAAUUGCUCUUGUUAGAUGGCCACAUAGAAAAUAAUUUGAAUCUUUUUGCCCUAUUAUUUGUACUCUUCUAGUCCCACUUUUCUAAAAUCUGAUUACCAAAAAUUAUAAUGAUUUUGUCUCGUAAAAAUAUAAACUAUUGUAUUCUUUAUCAGCUCCACCCCCAGAAUUACAUGCAUAUGUACAUACUUUUAAAUGUGCUUUGUUUUACAUUUUAUUUUAGAUUAUUUUUUACUGACAAAUUCUGUUAACUAUGUUAGUAUUUGUUAUGUCCAAAUAAAUCAUUUAAAAUACA